GUCAAAGAAGUCACAAGACCGCGUGGGCUGAGCUGUGUGCGCGAGGCCACAAAGCAGCUGCAUACACUGUGUCUAACGUCUUCAAAGACACAAGUAGUACCAUGGCUGCGGCGGCCAACGACGGGCAGCACUUUUUGGGCGGAAAGGACAGCGCUUUCCUGUGAUUCCCUUUGCGUUCUCGUCGCGGGAGGAAAGCGCCGCCACACCGAGCUCAUUCUCUCCGCUUUAUUUGUUCUCCACGCGUGCAGCUCGCAUCUCCAGCAGCCUCCAACAGGUCAACAUUCGUGAGCUAACGUCGAAGCUAAGCUAGCGCGACCGCUAGCUUGGCUUGGCCGCCUCCGAGGUUGGCAGCUGCUUCGUGGGGAAUGUUGUCCGUGCUGUCGUACGGGAGACUGGUUGCCAGAGCUGUCAUCGGCGGACUCUCUCAGACGGACGGCCGCGACUACAGCCUGGUGACAGCGAGCUGCGGCUUCGGCAAGGAUUUCCGUAAAGGCAUUCUGAAGAAAGGAAUGUGCUAUGGGGACGACGCAUGCUUCAUCGCCCGACACAAAUCUGCCGAUGUUUUGGGUGUGGCUGACGGAGUAGGAGGCUGGCGAGACUACGGCGUGGACCCGUCGCAGUUCUCCAGCACUUUGAUGAAGACGUGCGAGCGCCUGGUGAAGGAGGGCCGCUUUGUUCCCAGCAGCCCCGUCGGAGUCCUCACCACCAGCUAUUAUGAGCUGCUGCAGAACAAAGUGCCGCUGCUGGGCAGUAGCACAGCCUGCAUUGUGGUGUUGGACCGCCAGAGUCAUCAGCUGCACACAGCCAACUUGGGGGACUCUGGCUUCCUGGUGGUUCGUGGGGGGGAGGUGGUCCACCGCUCCGAUGAGCAGCAGCAUUACUUCAACACGCCCUUCCAACUGUCCAUCGCUCCUCCCGAGGCCGAGGGGGCCGUCCUCAGUGACAGCCCAGAUGCGGCUGACAGCUCGUCCUUUGACGUUCAGCUGGGCGACAUCAUCCUCACCGCCACCGAUGGCCUCUUCGACAACAUGCCUGAUUACAUGAUCCUGCAGGAGCUGAAGAAACUCAAGAGCGCCAACUAUGAGAGCAUUCAGCAGACUGCCCGCAGUAUUGCAGAGCAGGCUCACGACCUGGCCUACGACCCCCACUACAUGUCACCUUUUGCACAGUUUGCCUGUGACAACGGACUCAACGUUCGAGGAGGAAAGCCAGAUGAUAUCACAGUGCUGUUGUCCAUAGUAGCAGAAUACACUGACUAGGUUCAACAUAAGGCUGUGACUGGAUGGACUGCUUGGACUCCUGCUGGACAGGAUGGAGGACUCAGGAUGACAUCAGAUGUUCAUCCCCCCCCCCCCCCUCCCAGCAUGCUGCAGCUGUUCUUUACACCCAAACAUAAGAUGACCAGGUGGAUGUAAAAACAGCAGCAGGUCCUGAAAGAAAAAGCAGCAACUUUGCAAACCGCAAUGGUCCCUGGGUGUUUGCCAGCAAUAGAAGCUUUCACACGAUUGAACGUUUUCGAGUGUUGGGCAAACAGGGAGGGCAUGUCCAUUCAGUUGAGUUGUUCCACUCUUGUAAAUGUUAGAGCAGCUUUGUUCUGGGCUGCCAGAAGGAAAGGAUGCACUUCCUCAGUCGUGUUGAGAAAGGAGCUUGCACUCUAUAGGCUGGUUAAAUGAAUGUGUUAGGGUGGGAUUUGUGUACUGUUGGGAAAAUGAAGUUUCAAGAUGCUUCAUGAACCAGUUGUUGUGCUUAUUGAGACAUUGAGAUGUCACUCUGUUCACCAUAGCACACUGAUGACAUUUUUUAAACCCCCUUACAAUGUUAUGCAGAGGUGUACUUAUUACAAUUUUAUCGACAAAUGUAAUCACUAAGGAGAGUUGGUCAGAGGGUGUAAAAUAUAAUAAUGAAAUAACAAAAUUGACAAGCACUGCUUUAGUGGAAUCUAGGGUCAAUUACAGUGAGUCCAAAAGUACAACUGGUUCAUGAAGCAAAAAUGAAGCUUUAUUUUUCCCAUCACUAGUGUUGCUUUUAGUAGCAAAUUUGUCCAUGGAUGCAGGGAGCAGAUAUUUUGGUUGUUGUAACUAUUUGCCCUAACCCUUCCUUCCAGAUUGAGGUUGAAACAAUCUGAUUUUGUGAAGAAGCAGCCACCUUUUGUAUUUGUAACAUUUAACACUGCAAGGUUCCGACAUGCGUACGUUAUAGUCCAUCAAGGAGGUGGUUUCCCUUUAAUCUCAUGGCUGCUGUGAAAUUGUGACAAAUAUGUAAGAGGAUGUGAAUGCCGAAGGCGCUGCAGGGCAAAAAUCGUGUGGCGGCUUUCAACGCACAAAAGCUGAAGAGAAAGUGUAUUUUUUUUUUUUACUUUAACCAAAUAGUUUACCUUAAACCGACUCAAAACAUAAUUGGCAUUUUUGAUUUGUUGCUGGAGCACCAUAAGAUGCUGCUUCUUUUUAUAUGCAUCACAUAUUGUGUAUCGUGACGACCACACCUUUUUAGUCUAAUAAUUUUCCGUAGUUUGGUAAUGAUGUGCCUUGUAUCCAAUGUUGAUACUGGCAAACAUAAUUCUUUAAAUUCCUCACAGUGUGCCAGUUGGUGAGCUCAAACUGCAAGUAGCCAUGAGUUAAAAUGUCCCCAUCUUGUCCCGCAGUCUUGAAAAUUAGUUUUACCUAUACUUUGCUGAAAUUAUUUUGCUCAAGUCAGUCACAAGCUCUGAGUGACAGUGAUAAAGCCAUCCAUAUAAGAUUCCAGUUUACAAGAUUGCACUAAAGAACUGUUUAUUUAAUUAAGAGAACAUUGGAAGACAAAAGGGAGUCAGAGAAAAGCAUGGAAUGCUAUAUUGGAAAGCAUUAUUACGUGUCUGAGGGCAAUCUUAACGUGACUCGGCAAUUUCCUGGUUGGGUGGUACGGCUACUCCAGACUACUUCCACCGAGAAGAAUUUCUUCGUUGUCCUCCAGACAAGCAAGAGCAUGUCUGUAUAUUUUGAGUGUACACUUCAAUGCAGAUCUGCUGUACAAUAUUUAAAUAAAGAUAGUAUUUAUUA